AGCAGAUGUCACUUGAAGUUCAAGCUCAGAUAUUACAUCAGUGCUGAAAUGGCAAGUGGAUGCUCUGCUCCAAGUCUGAAGAAGAAGAAGGGGGAGGUGGUAACUCCCACUAAAAUCAUCACGUCAGACAAAACUAAAAGAGACCCCAGCAGGAGUUCACAGGAGCCUGUUUGGAUUGAACUUGAACCUGUAGUCAACACAGUUGGUGAGAUCCAAACCUACAGCUUCCAGUCUGAUGCAGGUCACUUUGAAUACAGCCUACAGUCUUCAUUUCGUUGGGUUUGUAAGGAAAAAGUCAGCUUCACUUACCGGUUCUGCUCAUGGGAGGAACACAGGCACAGGCCUUCAUGUGCAGAUUACAUGCCAGCAGGACCGCUAAUGGACAUCACAGUCACAGCUGGGAAGCUAGAGGAGGUGCAACUGCCACACUGGAUAGAUUACAACCCCCAAAUGUCAGACAUGUUUGCAGUUCUACAUGUGGAAAACUGUGGAGAUUUUGUGGAAAAAGUGUCUGAAGUGACAUCGUCCCACGUGAAAUUACUGCAGCCAACUUUCUCACCAAUUGGUGUCAUGUUCCGGCAGUUACUUGGCUUCCCUGUGAGCGUUUUCUAUGACGUGUUGAUGUACAAAACAGUCAAAGCGUUCCUCACAUUGGAUGUUUACCUGGUGCCACCUGAUCCUGCUCUACAAAAGGAAGUGGAAAAAACCCAAAAUGGAUCAAGAGUAAUCCUAAAACCUGGUCCAGACAAGUCCAUGCAAGUGGGAGGUAUUUUCUCCCUCACAGCAGACAAGGCGGAUGCAGAAAUUCAACCCAGCACAAGGGAGCUCAGAUAUGAUAUUAGAAAUAUCUUUGAGGUGUUCAUCGAAAAUGCAGACAGCGACUUCACCCUAAAGCUUGAAAGUGAGCAAAACACUGUCUGGACCUGUACCAUCCGUAAAGGAGACUAUCAAAGUCAAAGCAGUGAUCCCAAACAAGGUCGACAUUUCGUGGAUCAACAUCGGACAGCUCUGAUUAACAGAGUGAGCGAUACAGGUUUCAUCCUGGACGAGCUCUUGGAUAAGGGGUUAAUCUCAGAUGAGAUCUAUGAGGCUAUUAGAGUCAUACCAACCACACACGACCAGAUGAGGCGCAUUCUUAGGUCUGUGACUUCAGCCGGAACAGAAGGCAAAGAUGCUUUUUAUAAAAUCCUUAAGAGAAUGAGAAGUAUGAAGGCUCUUAUUCGGGAGCUUGAGGGAUCAUCUGUGUAAAGUAGCAAAAAGUAAAAAGUGUUGUUGCUUUGGACACCAGAUGGACAUUUAAAACAAUGUUUUUCAUGUUCAGCAUCCAUUUAAUGUACUAGUGAAAGAGCAAAGCAUGUUCACUAAUUAACUCUUUCAGUGUUUUAGCCAAUAUCAGUGAUGUGUUGUCAGGUUUGAACCCAACAAAAACUGAACCACUGUCUUUGACAAACCUGUGCAUGUAAACUAUUAAUUAAAAAUCAAGACAGUGUUUUUGAGGAUUGAUUUGUGUGUGUGUGUGUGUGUGUGUGUGUUUGUGUGUGUGAAAACAAGUGAAUUAUUCCUCGUUAUCCUGUGUCAUUUAUUUUUCUUAUUACAUUUUAUGCUGUUUCUAUAUUGUUAAUGCUAUACUAUAGUUAAUAUAAUCAAAUAUUAUGUUAUUUAAGCAACUAUUUUAAUUCCAAUGAAAAUAAUCAAUUGAGUGUGUUAUUGUACUGAA